AUGCAAGUCGAAAAAACAUUCAAGCUGACACCACAGAAGAAAUACAUUUGUGGGUUUUGCGCUAAAGCAUUCACUCGUUCAGAACACAAGCAACGCCAUGAACGAUCUCAUACCAAUGAAAAACCUUUCCAUUGUUUGCUGUGUACUAGCUCCUUUGUGAGAAGAGACUUGUUGCAACGUCACUGUCGUACCGUUCAUCAAUCAUCGCAGGACAUACCCAAACGCAAAAAGUCUCGAGAUUUAGGCGACACUACUUCAAUGUCGCUACAAGACGUACAACCUACAGACCAGCCUCAGCCUCAGCCACCACUACAGCUCACCCAAAGUCUUGAUCUGCAGAAUGAACCUGAACCCGAACCUGAACCCGAACCUGAAGCCGAAUCUAUUCCCUUGUUGUUGCAACAACCACAAGAAAUUCAGCCAGACUCUUUUCAAAUUAGAAACCCUACAGCCUCAGCGUCAUCCUCGUCCUCGUCCUUGUCGUCAUCAUUACGACACAAUUCUGCGCCGUAUACCUUUGAUCCACGAGAGCAUUUUCCCUUAACAACUAUGGACACGUCGAUUAGUACCAAUAAUGACCACCGCAGUACAAAGAAAAAACGCAAGAAAUCUGAAUCCGGUAGUGGAGGUGUUCUUGGUAUGAGAAGAAAUUCAUCAUUGUCAAAAGCCACUACUGACGCCAAUGAUACAAGUGUCGUCAACCUACUCUCAAUAACAAAGAAAUUGGACUACAUACUUAAGGCUUCCAAUUUGGGUAUAAAUGAACCGGUGGGUGAUUGGUUUCUCAUUGGUUUCAACACUUUGCAAGAACUGCUGUCAAAGUUUCCCAUUUUUGACACUAUUUUGAAAGACUUGACGUAUUACUUGAGUACGUUUUAUCUUGCCAACGGUGGUGGUGGUAAUGAGGAUCCAGGAGCGACAGAUGUACCACCACCACUACCACCACCACCAAGAACAACACCAAGUUUAUCUCAACCAAACCACUUCAAAACUGGGGUCAUUUUUUCAAUUCUUUCACUUGGUUGCAUUGUUGACAAAAACUCUGUCAAGGCAAUGAUUUUCUUCAAAAAGGCGUGGAUCUUGUUGAUCAAGAGGUUGAUACCACAAUACAACAACAGCAACGUUUCAAUGGAUCAAAUUGAAAUUGCAACCAAUUUGUAUCUAUUGUCCUAUAUCUAUGUUUCCUAUAAUUUGGAAAAUUAUGAUAUCAAUAACGAACAAGUGUCUCAGGUAAAUGGAGAAGAUGACGAUGAAGAGCAAAUAUAUCUCAACAACACUGUGAUUUUGGAAUACCUAGAUCAAAUCAGUUUUAUCAUCAUAUCCAACUUGGCAGAUUUUUCCAACCCCAAUGAGAAACUUAUUGACGGUAACAUGAAUCUAUUUUGGUCAAUCUAUAUCAUAUUGUCAUUCUACUUUCACGACCAAACCCCAAAGAUUUAUGAAACAUUUUUGAACAAGUCAAUAGGUCAAGACGUUUUGUUGAUGGUGAUGCAAAAAUUCUCCAAAACGUAUUCUGUCAUUAAUGAGAACAACGAUUUUUUGAAAAUGAUUAUUGUGGCUACAAUUGGCAACGAAUUGAAAAGCUUUCGUGCUGCGACAACAUCAGCUUCUAGUUCGAGUUCCGAGUCCAAAUCCACAACUUCAACUACAACCUCGCCUGUUCAAAUUUACGAAUCAAAGAAUGUGCUACACAAUUCUGUUAUUUUGAUCAAUAGAGCCAUCAAUGCUUCUCAUUCUGUACCGGGCUCCAAUCCAAGGCUGAAGUUGUUUGAAUUAUUCCGCAAGAAUUUGGUAAUCAAUAGUCCGUUAAAGUAUCGAGAAUUGUUGAGCAACUAUAUCUUUAUUCCAGAAUCUUUUUUCCACUGGCAUCUACUUCAAUUAACAUUGGAUGAGGCCACAAUUAACUACGAUCUUGAUGAUGCUUUACGUAAGUGCAUUGAUGAUCCUAGUCAGUUGAAUUCCCUUGAAUAUAAACUCAAGUUGUUUCUUGACUACAAAAAGAUAAACUUGGAUAUCAACAACAAUAUAUCAAUUGUGUCACUUCCCGUGAUAUUCUUUGGCAACUAUCUCAAUUUGAAAAUCAUUGAUUGUAACGAGUCUUUUAAUCAAUUACAAUUGAAAAAUAUCAAAACGUUCCUUAUUCAUUGGUAUAUGGUGAUGAACAAGUUGUUGAUCAUGACUUGGUGUGAUGAUCUUUUGCAGUUUGAAGAUAAUUACAUUUUACAGACGUUUGUGUACAUGUUGUUGGGUGAUAAACUGUUGUUGUUGAAGAGAUUGAAUAUCGAUGUACCACACACCAGCACUGUGUACAAUGAAGAGUCGAAUUCAUCAACGGCACUGUCAAAUUUCAAGUUUAACACGAAGUGGUUUUGGAUAGUCAAAACCAAGUUGGAUAAUGUGUUUGAGCAGUGGAUGCAACAUGUCAAGAUUCCGUUUUUGGAUAACAGCUUUGCUGUUGUUAAACUUCAAGUUGCCAAAUAUAUCAACGAGCAUAUUGCAUUGGAAGGAUUGGUGUUUAAAGAAGACGCUGAAGAAACAAUAUCAAGUGCCAGGUCAGUAAAACAAGAACAACAACAACAACAACAACAACAACAACAACAACAACUCGUAUUCAACAAUAGCGGGCCAAAUUUUGCAAGUGGCGGUGCCCCCACAAUACAUCGUGGUUCAUUAUCAACAGGUAUGUUGGCUUCAACGUCAAUGAACUUUGCCAUCCCCAUGCAACAGCAACAAGUGUCAUCGAACUUCAUCAACUACGGAUCAAUGAAUGAUUUUCCGGGUGGUGCAGGAGACGCGAGCAAGCGAUCAAACUCAAUAUCCCUGGUAGUGCUGAAUUUCGUCAAGGAUGGACCACAGGUGCAGCAGCCUCCACCAUUGCAAUCUCAACGAAUGCAACGUCAGCAACUGCUGCAACAACAUCAACAAGCUCAACAGAGUCAACAGAGUCAACAGAGUCAACAGAUGUACAGUUAUUCAACUUAUCCGCCCCCGCCACCCAUUUUAUCGUCAAUGCCCAAAGAGCUAGUGUUGCCGCCCAUUUCAUCUGAGCGCCGGAAGGAAAAAUUCGAAGUCACUUAUUGA